GCGCAUGAUAUAGAGGACCAACGCUUUCAAGAUAUCGCUCCGCAAUUCUUUGGAGUAACAGAAGUGAAACUUCACCCCAACUUCCGAUUCUCUGCCUCACAUCCCGACCGAUACGAUAUCGCGGUCUUACGACUCGACAGACCCGUACGCUAUAACGAUAAUGUUUUACCUGUAUGUCUGCCAACACCAGGAUUUCGUUACGAGGGCUGGUAUGGAGUGGUGACCGGAUGGGGCAAAACAGAUCCUGCAUUAAGCAAUAGAUAUGGCACUCGACUGUUACAGAAAGUAGACGUUCCCAUAAUUGACAACGAAGAGUGUGAACAGUGGCACAGAACCAGAGGAAUCGAUUUGAAGAUAUUCCCGGAGAUGAUGUGCGCCGGAUAUGAAGACGGACACAAAGACGCCUGUGUUGGCGACUCUGGCGGUCCAUUAGUGAUCAACACGAAUGGCAGGUGGACUCUGGCCGGCAUCACAUCAGCCGGAUUUGGUUGCGCCCAAUCGAGACAACCCGGAAUCUAUCACAGGGUCUCCAAUACUGUCGACUGGGUUAUCGAGAACAUCAAAAAAUAG